AAAUAAAAAAGCUUUGCAGGAAUGAAAAGAGAAGAGGAGUGUAUCCAACCCAACCAAACAAGAGCUUUACUCACCACCUCUCCUCCUUCCUUCCUUCUCAUGUCUCUAACGCCGCUGUUUGUUUUUGCUUCUUUGACACUGAGUUAGGGUUAACGUCAUUGUGAUAUUGUGUUCCCAGUGUUGAGAUACCAAUCAAUUUGGAGUUGGCUAUAAGGUUGCUUAACUUGGUAUGCAUGUGACAGCAAGUUUGCUUUUUAGUUUGUUUGACAUUUGUACCAGCAAUGGAUCAAGUUGAGCAAGGUAAUGAAAUGGCGGAUGAUGCAUUGAUUAAUUUGGACAACUCAAGGGCGAAUUGGACUCCAUCUCAAGACCAAUAUUUUCUUGAGCUUAUGCUGUCCCAUGUUCACAGAGGCAACAGAACUGGAAAAGUGUUUACCAGAUUAGCCUGGGCAGACAUGACCGAACAAUUCAACAACAAAUUUGGGUUCAAGUUUGAUGUCGAUGUGUUGAAGAACCGUUACAAACGAUUCAAGAAGCUAUACUAUGAAAUAAAAACGAUUGUUAGUCAAAAUGGAUUCAAGUGGGAUGGGACACUAAACAUGAUCACAGCUGAUGAUAAAACAUGGGAAGAGUAUAUUAAGGUCCACCCUGAUGCCAAAGCUUUCAAAAAGAAAGUUGUUCCAUGUUAUAAUGAUCUAUGCAUAAUCUAUGGCCAUGCAGUUGCUGAUGGGAGAUACAGCCUUUCAUGUUUUGACGAAGGUUUUGAAUAUGAAGAAAACGCUUCAAAAGAACUGGAUGACCCUACUAGCACCAGUAAAGGAGUGGAUGGUCAGACUCCCCCUACUAUUAGUCAAAGUAAAAUUGACUGGUCUCCAAUGAUGGACCGAGUUUUUGUUGAACUUAUGUUGGACCAGGUGCGUAAAGGGAACAAGAUUGACCGUACAUUUACGAGGCAAGCAUGGGGAGACAUGGCAGAGUUGUUUAAUGAUAGAUUUGGAUGUCACUAUGGGAAGGUUGUGUUGAAAAACCGUUUCAAUGUCCUAAGGAGGCAUUAUGGCUCUAUAAAUGUCCUUCUUGGCAAAGAAGGCUUCAGUUGGGAUAAGAAACAACACAAGGUUGUAGCUGAUGACCAAGUUUGGCAAAAAUGCAUCAGGGCAAAUCACAAGUUCCGGCUGUACAGAACUAAAAGCAUGCCUUUUUAUUCUGGCAUGAGCAUUGUAUGUCGUGAUGAAGCUACUACAGAUUGCAAGCCAAAUCUCGAAAGGAGAUCUUGUGGCGGAAAGAACUCUGUCCAAGAUCCUAAUGCAUCGUUGCAUGUAGGUGGUGAAAGUGAAAAUAAUAAUUUUACUGUAGAUACUCAGCCUCUCCCUAAAGAAACAUUGCUUACAGGUGAUGAAAGUAAUUUUACAAGAGAUACUCAACCUCUCCCUAAUGCAGCAUUGCCUAUAGGUGGUGAAAAUAAUUUUACUAGUGAUACUAUUUCUCAGCCUCUACCUUAUGCAGCAUUGCAUAUAUAUGGGGAAAAUAAUUUUACCGUAGAUACCAUUACUCAGCCUCUCAAUGAUGCAGCAUUGCAUAUAGGUGGUGAAAAUAAUUUUACCAGAGAGACCGUUGCUCAGCCUCUCCCAGAUGCAGCAUUUGGUAUAGAUGGUGAAAAUAGCUUUACGCGAUAUUCUGUUACUCAGCAUCUUCCUAAUGCAGCAUUGAAUCUAGGUGGUGAAAAUAGUUUUACCACAGAUGCUAUUGCUCAGCCUCUCCCAAAUGCAGCGUUGACUCUAGGUGGUGAAAAUAAUUUUACCACACUGUCCACACAUACUAUUACUCAGCCUCUCCAUAAUGCAGCAUUGAAUCUAAGUGUGGAAAAUAAUUUUACCAGAGAUACUAUUACUCAGCCUCUCAAUAAUGCAGCAUUGAAUAUAGGUGGUGAAAAUAAUUUUACCAUAGAAGCUCAACCUCUCCCCAAUGCAGAAAACGAAGGUGGUGAAAAGAACUCGACCAGAGAAACUCCGCCUCUAGCAAAUGAAGAUAAAGAAACAUUGCUUAUGAGUGUUGGAAAAAUUGUUUCUGGUGAUCGAAAAAGACAUCAAACUAAAACGCCGUCGACAACAAAAUUGCCUAAGAAGGCAAGAAACUACAAUGAAGGAAUGUCAGUAGCCUUGAAACAUAUGGCGGUUGCAGUUACAUCGCUAACCAAGAAAACAAAGAAAGAAGAUAAUUUUUCUGUAGGUAAUGUUAUGACUGUGCUUCAGGCUAUACCGGACAUGGAUGACGAUUUGAUAUUAGACGCAUGUGAUUUUUUGGAAGACGAGAGAAGAGCGAGGAUGUUUCUGGCGUUGGAUGCUAAUUUGAGAAAGAAAUGGUUAUUGAGAAAGCUUCGUUCAUAAUAAAUGUUCAUGUUCAAUUGUCUCCCGUUUGUUAUAUGUUAAACCCUUAUGUUCUACGAGACUGAUUUUUUGUUUUUCUGUCUAUAUUGAUAUGAGUAGAGUUUACACAUUGCUAUUGAAAAAGGGGUUUGCUUUGCUUUGGA